AGUAGGAGUACAAAUUGUUCGAAGUUUCUGUUGCUGAUUUGACGCGACAUCUCUUUUUCCGGUGGUAACUUAACAGGGUAGCCCAGUUUGCACUACUUCAAUUCAUAAUGCCACGUGAAAUCAAAGAGAUCAAGGACUUUCUUUUGAAAGCCAGGAGGAAAGAUGCAAAAUCUGUAAAAAUCAAGAAGAAUGCUGACAAUGUCAAGUUCAAGGUUCGUUGCUCUAGAUUUUUAUACACCCUGGUAAUUACAGAUAAAGAGAAGGCAGAAAAAUUAAAGCAAUCUUUACCUCCAGGUCUUCAAGUAAAAGAAGUUAAAAGGAGCGAACGUAUGUAAUUAAUUAAAUAAAAUAAUUUUUUUUAAACAUACAUAUGGCUAUUUGUUUGCUGUAUCAUUACAACAGAAAAAUUAUGUUUAAGAAAUUGAGGAUACUAAAGGAAAAUAAAAAAUGUGAUCUGUAAGAAAUA